AUGUCGACGACUCCUGAACCAACAAAGGUGAAUGGCACAAACCCCGAUCCAGCCAACAGUGAGAAAACAGCCGAUAGUAGCGAAUUUGGAAUAUUGGGGUCGUUGCCCACUUCCGGCGUGAACGAGAGUAAUGGCAACUCCACUGAACCUAUGACUGUAGACAAAAAGGAAGACGCAGUCGCCCCCCCUGAUAAUACCAAGCCAGCUUGUAAACCCGCGAUCACAGAAGAUCCAAAGCCCCUCAUUCAAUCCACAAACCUUGACAAAGUGACGCCUGGUACGGAUACCAAAUCUGCGAGUGGAGCGGCGAACACUGCUCCAUUCGAUCCUGUUGUCAGCACAAAGGAAGCCAAGACCAACACCCCCGCGAGUACGAAGUCAGUUGUUCAAGCCACAAUCACUGAAAAAUCUGAACCUCUUCUUGAAUCCGCAACCGUGGAAAAAGUCAAGCCUACACUGGUGGAAACCAAGCCAGCGGAGAAGCCUGAGACAAUUAAGGCCACUGAAAUGGAGAAAUCUACGGAGAAUAGUAAGGUCACUGAAGUGGAUUCUGAAUCGAAAAAAUCUGCUGAGACAAGCGAGCUGGUGGUGAAGUCUGAUGAUAAGACCAAAACCCCGGAAGCAGGCGGCGAUAAAAGCAAGUCAGAUGACAAAGGGGCGCAUUCACUUGGAGGAGAAAGCGCAAAUCAAUUUACUCCUCCCCUUCCGGAGGACUUCUUGAAGAAGGCGCAAGCAAACGUUGAUGCUAGCAAACAUUAUGUUGAGACAAGCAAUGUUUCGAAGAUUGCGAGCAGGGUCAAUUCUCAAAUCCCUUCAUCAAGGCCACUAGAAAACAAGACUGACGACCUGCUUGUGGCACCGAUUAUACCAAGACCGAAGAAACGGCCAGCGGCAAAGUCGCUUCUCAAACAACUAGGGCAAUCGCACGUCACAAACCCACUGAAAAAAGUGAAAUCGGUAAAAGCCAAAACUGAGAAACAACCUCCUGGUCGAGGAAAGUCCCCAGGUCGGGGGCGUGCAACACAGUCUAAAUCACCAGCCCAGAAGGGACCAUCAGUGACAAAGGCAAAAAUGCUGUCGGAAGGACCUCCAACGGAAGACCUGGAAGGUGGAUGGCCAGAAGGAUGGGUCAAAAGGGUAUUCGAGCGAGCAAGUGGUGCUACAAAGGGAUCCACCGAUAAAUACUGGUAUUCUCCAAUCAAUGGGAUAAAACUAAGAAGUAUCAUGGAAGUUCGGCGGUUUAUGAAAGCACUCGAAAUGAAAAAGGGGGACGAAAUCGAAGCGAAGAAGAUAAUGAAAACGAUCAAAUUGUAA